AUGGGAGACUUCAACGCUAUCGCUCAGCAAUUCACGGAAUUCUACUACAACACCUUUGAUCAGGACCGCAAGAACCUGGCUGCCCUCUACCGCGACAACUCUAUGCUCACAUUUGAAACAUCAGCUAUCCAGGGCGUGGCUGGCAUCAUUGAGAAGCUAACGAGCCUGCCAUUCAAGACUGUUGCCCAUAAAGUGUCUACCCUCGAUGCACAGCCCUCGAACGAGAGCGGAGGUAUAUUGGUCAUGGUCACUGGGGCACUGCUAGUCGACGAGGAGCAACGGCCGAUGAAUUACACCCAAGUCUUCCAACUGCUUCCGGACGGCUCGGGCAGCUAUUUUGUGUUCAAUGACGCCUUUCGGUUGAUCUAUUAG